UUAGUUUAAAAAAAUGUUAAAGGGUAAUGCAAACAACUAAAAUAUUUUGUUUAUAAAUUUUUUUACAAAAUCAGGAACUGUAAUAUUAAUAUGAAUAUUGGAAAAAAUAUUGACAAUAGUAUCUUUAAGUUUUUUGGUCACAUCGAAUGUAUUUCCUGCUACAGAUGAGGCCAAAUUAGUCACUGGACUGAAUACAUUCGAAAUCUUGUCAGUUAAUACAAAUCCAUGUACAAAGUUAGAAUCAUGAGCCAUAAUAGCAAUGAUGAUGAUAAUUAAUGCAGUCACCAUCAACAUACAAGUGGAAAUCAACGAUGCCAUCGUUUUGUUCGAUAGUUGAAUCUUGAUUUUUUUCAAAUGUUUUGCAAAACACAAUCAAUUGAUUAUCAGGUGAUUGUGUUCAUUUAUAUAAGAAUUAACCAUGGAAUUUAAUAAAUCAAUAGAUUUAUGGUUGAUAUAUAGCAUUGACAUUAGAAAGAGUUGAAAAUAUUCCAAAAAAUUUACCAAAGGUUAUUAGAGUUAAUUUUUUUUUAAAUUUCAUGCUAUCGCCAUCAUCAUUGUAUUGAAAAGCGGAUAUUAAAAUUUAGAAAAAAUUGACCCAGAAAUUUUUUUUUCUGUAUUUCUAGUGAAAGUCUCGAAUAUGUCUAUAUGGCAACGACAUUUUGUCAAUAGAUUGUUGACAUCAUCGUUGUCAUGUACACGACAAAAAUUGAGAAAAAAACACCAAACAGAACAGGAAAUGAAAAAUAUCGGAAAACCACCAGGCUAUCUAGAUGAGUGCAAUGGAAAAAUUAAAGUAUAAAUUAAUGAACAUAUUUGAUUAGAUGGUCAAAUACUGGGCAAAAAAAUGUUGUCACCAAAGUGGUCGUUUAUAAUUUGGCCAUAUUUUUGUUUGUUCAUUGUAAAUGGACAAAUUUUAGACAGAUUCAUUGACAAUCUAGCAUGUCGUCGUACGUCGAACAAUGGAAUCUAUGGUGAAUGUAUGCCUCGAAGAUGUUGCCGAUCAUUAUCAGCCGUUCGAAAUUUAUGUCUCACAUCAUCCGAUCAUGUUUGUUGUUAUGGUGAAGAUGUUUGUAGUAUGGGCUCAGAUUAUGAUCGACGAUUUCCAGCAUCAGGAUCAGCUAUCAUCCCUGUCGACAAUGAUUAUCUACCCAAUCGAGGAAUGAGAGAUUAUUGUAAUCGAUUUAUGGUCACUCGUGAAGAUUGGGGGGCAUUACCGCCAACCAAACGUGCUUAUCGGAUGCCAGUUCGUGUUGAUUAUGUCAUCGUUCAUCAUACGGGUGAUGAUGAUGAUAGAUGUUGGUCGUUGGAACAAUGUCGACAGCGUCUUCGUAGAAUGCAAUUGUAUUAUCAACGCGAAAAACAAUUUCCGGAUAUACCAUGGAAUUUCCUAAUAAACAAUCAAGGCGAUAUUUAUGAAGGUAUUGGCUGGGAUUCACAAGGAUAUCAUACCGAGCAAUGGAAUGAUCGAUCAUUGGGCAUUGCUUUUAUUGGUGAUUAUGAUGUUCAAUCACCGAGUACAAAAGCAUUACGAGCAUUGACACAUUUGCUGGAUUGUGGUGUUGAACAGCGUGUGCUUGAUAGAUUUUAUCGACUACAAGGACAUCGUGACAUGAGACCAACUAGUUGUCCAGGUGAUUACCUUUACGAUGCAUUAAGAAGAAUUAGAUCAACAGGUUCGGGUAAUCGUAUAAAUAACAUAAUCUCUAAUAAUGAUGAUGAUUAUGAUUCCGAUGAUGAAUUCUUGCCACGUAUCGAUACGAAUAGCACAGUGAAUAAUAUCCAUAAUGAGAAUAAUCAAUAUUCUGAUUCAAAGAACAAAUCUUUAAUGAAUUAAUUUUAGUUUUAAUCAAAUUUUAAUUGUAUAAAAAACCUUUGAAAUAUCAAUCAUUAGCGGUUGAAAUCGAUUUGAAGAAUAU